GCUUCUUCGCUCACUUCUGGCAGGGUAGAGGAAUGCUGGACAUUGAGAGACAACAAGGAAGGCUGCCCAGAGCAUCGCCACGCUGCUCCCCGGUCCCACGCCUUGGGCCUCCUCCUUUUGGAACACACAGAUGUCAGAAACUGAGCCGGAAAAGAUAAAAGUAAAAACAGCUGAGCAUUUUGAAAAUGAUAAAAAUAACGUUUCUUGGUUGAAGGAAGAUACGCAACUCACAAAUGAAAAGCAUGCAGAGGAGAAACCCAUUAAUGCUAUCGUUAUAAAUUCAGUAUCCGAAUUCAAUAUCACAGAUGGACCAGCCAAGGAAACCCCCAGUGAGAAAAAACUGUCAGAAUCCAGCACAUCACUGUCCUCCCUUGAAGAAUGCCAAGCGAAAUUCUCCUACCUCCAAACUGAUACUUCAGUUCAUCAGAGAGACACUGAUGAGGAGUGCGCUUCUCUCAUCCUCACCUGUCUGUUUUGCCAGUUUUGGGACUGUCUGCUGAUGCUCCCGGAUACGUGCGAAACGGUGUGUAUCAACCUGUGCUGCCCCUCUCACAGGUAUCACCAUACCUCAGAUGAAAGCCACUCUCGGAAUGAUUGUAACUGUAACUGUGAUGUGGACUGCAGCCUUUUUGAAUCUUGCCACGAGACCAGCGAGUGUCUGGAGCUGGCCAUGGAGAUUUCAGAAAUCUGUUACCGCUAG